GGUUAUCGGUGAUAACAGCGGGUAUUGAAAAACUAGAUUUAUAGUCUUAUAGCGGGUGAGGUUCCAGGUUCGAGAUUGCUUCAGCUAUUCUAGAUUAUACCACCAUGGCCGUAGAAAACGUUAAAGUCCUCAUCAUGGGUGCCGGAUAUGGUACUCGGUUACAACGAGAUCUCUUGGCUGACAAGACUGGCAAAUACCGUCAUCUCGUUGGAGUACCAAAAGCACUUUUACCACUUGGAGCACAAGAUGCUCUUAUUACACACUGGCUUCAUCUUUUAGCCAAGAACGGGAUUCCCUCUAGCUCAGUUCAUGUUAUUACCAACGCUGCUUGCUAUGAUGCCUUUGUCGAGUGGGCAAAGCGAAACAAUGUUCCUGGCGACAAUAUUGCAAGUGACGGCACCACAUCCAAUGAAACGAGACUGGGUGCUGUACCUGAUAUCCUGGAAGGUGUCAAGCGAUUCAACCUCAACGGCGAUCAUGUGCUUGUCAUUGGUGGCGACACUCUCUUCCUUCAUGAUUUUGAUUUGGCUGAAUUUUUGGCUGACUUCCGCAAGAAGGAACGUGCUUGCCUUGUCACUACGUAUGAAGUCCCCAAUGAAACCGUUCACAAAGUUGGUAUCAUGGAGAUCAACAAGGAAGGUACCGUCACUGGUUUUGUUGAGAAACCUCAACCGUCUGAAACCAGCUCAAGACUGGCUUGCCCUUGCUUCUAUUUAUUCCACCAACAAUCACUUAAUUUACUGCAAGACUUUUUGAACGACUGUCAUGCGCGCAACGCUGGCCUUUCGGACUACGACGCAACUGGUAAAUUCUUAGCAUACCUCUGGCCACGUUUUCCAAUCCAGACGCAUACUAUCUCUGGAAGAAUCGAUGUUGGUGGCUUGGAAAGCUACGUUGAUGCCGUACACUACUUUGACCGUCAACAGUUAUCCAUCGCAGCUCCUCCUUUCCAUCGCCCUAGACCUUAGAAACUAUUUUGCCUGACCCCCAAAGUAGAUACAUAACAGAUGUACACUUGCUAUUUUUUUAUUAUUAACUUAUUUGAAGACAUAUAGUAAAAAUCACACCUUGAAAAUAUGCAGACCACGAUGACACAGUGGUGGUCUGUGCAGCAGCCACUCGGCAUAAUGGGUCACCGUUCAUCUGAGGGCUCCGAUCGUCAGCCCAAAUCAUAACAUCUUAUCAGCGAUGGAUAUGCAAAAUAAAGGAAGGGGGU